AUGAGCGAUGGUGGCACCUCGGAAGAAGACAGACGAAAACUUCACGAGGAGGGCUGCCUGGAGCUGUCUAGGCGCCCUGCAUGGGAGGUGUGCUUACUGGUCGAGCAGUACUACUGGCAAUUUCACUCGCGCGUGGCCUCCUUGCUCGAGGAGACCCGUGCGAGCUGGGUCGAGGAUGGUGAGGAGCGUCCGGGAACGGCGGCUGCGUGGGAAGUCAGCGGGAAGUUGGAGGAGGAAGGCCUCUACGUCUCCGCUGUUCAUCCCUCCGCGGAUGAGGAAGAUAAUUGGACCGGACCACGGUUCUAUAUCUCCAUCGUCCCCUCGGCCAUCCAGGGCGGGCCUGCUCCGCGGCCACCCAAAGAGGUAGAGGAGCUGCUGUGGCCGAGACCACGCGAUCGACUUCAACCUUGGAUUACUGAGCUUGGCUGGACCAUGGUACCCGAGGGAUCCAACGAACAGACGCUACAUGCGGACAUUUUGUCUUGGGACGAGGAGCCAUCACGCCCACGCAAGGACGGCCUGGGUCGCUUCCACCACUUCUUGUGGAAGCCGAGCCGGCGUGAAUGUUGUACUACCAAGAUUGUCCACACCGCCUUCACCGAAGGUUCGGUGGAGCAUUGGCACUACGACAGCUUGUCCCAGGUCAAGAGCCCGAGCUUGGUUCUCGAUAGCGAAGUGCUGCACUGUGGGAGUGCAACUCGAAAAGGCUGUUGGUCCAGCACCUGCACCAUCCAGCUCUGCUCUGCACGGGGCUGGCGAGCUCUCCAUGCUGAUGGUCGCGCCUCACAGGACUUGCUGUGGUAUGUGUGGCCGAUCGAAGAGGCCCCGGCGAAGCGUCCAGCUGCACCCAGCCAGUGGCACCAGGAUGCGCAGGUGGAAGCUCUGUGGGAGGAUGGCUACUGGUAUUCUGCCAGGAUCGUGAAGCGCCAGAAGGAUGGCCGCUACAAGGUCAGAUGGGAGGGCGAGGACACGGUGGCAUCCGGCUUUUAUGCCGCCCAUUUGCGCGCCCAGCUGGCGGCGACCGACUCGGCUGAGAGGCCUCGGCCCGGGAAGCGACGGCGCACGGACAAUCCCCAAAGUCUCCUCCAAGUGCUGCAGAAAAGCCAACGAGGCUACAUCUGCAAGAAGACUCUCGUGCCAUGGGCCUACGUCGGCUUCGUCGGCCACCGUGUCUCGGGUGUCCACAGGGUUGCGCCUUCUGAAAAGGAAGCGGCGGCCAGCCACGCAGUUCGUGUUGGAAACUUCUAUGCUGAAGAUCAGCAAGAAGUGCUCCGCUACAUUGCGGAGGUUCAUGCUGACCUGUUGGCAGACACUCAGUGGCUUCGGAAGAACCGCGGCAAACUGAGAGCAGAGAACGGUCUGACAAGGCGAUAUUCGGUGCCGGAGAUUUUGUGCAAGAAGCAUGAGGUGGACGGCUUCGACAUUUUCGCAGACCCAGAUGAGGCAGUCCUAUUGGCGGAGCGCGCUGCAAAGGACGGCGAGAAGACUUCGCGACCUGAGUUGCCACACGAGGAGGCGCAGCAGAUUCAGGAGGGCCUGGACGAGGUGGUCGCGUCGGCAGCUGGCACUGGCGGACCCGUCGGCUCCGACGAGGUGCUUGAGCUGCUGGGGCGCGCAGUGGCUGGUGGGGAGGUUGCUGCUGCCGUGUACUUGAGUGAGCGCAUUGAGGCGAGAUUCAUUGUGGUGCUGAGAGCCAGAUUUACUCAGUUCUCUUGGUUCGUGUGCAAGAUCAUGGACCAUGAUGGUGUUCGGUGCCUUGUUGAGACUUCUACACUGAACGGCUUAGGCGCGAUAUGGCGCGAUGGAGCUGUAGACCAUGACUGCCCAUAUAGUAUCUGA